CGCUUGAUCUGAUCAGAUGUGCCAGCUAUACAAAAGUCUCUCACGUCUCUCCCAGAAAACUCUUAUUUUAUCGCCGAGAAAGUGACGGAAAACGAAAUCCAAACGGGAUAAUAAACCUAAAACCUAAAUUAGUGAUUUAGCUACGACUCCUAAAGAUUCAAAUUUGGGUUACAUCGGACGAAUCAUGACUCUGCUUCCGAUUUCAAUCUUCUUCUUCUUUUUAUUUUGCAUUCCUUCGCCAUUAAUCGCCGCCGCUAACGAUGACGAUAUACCGACGGCGUACACUCUCCUCCAAAGCUACAACUUUCCCGUCGGGAUUCUUCCUAAAGGAGUGGUGUCAUAUGAUUUAGAUAAAUCUACUGGUCAAUUCCACGCGUAUUUCAACAAAUCGUGCAGUUUCGCUCUUCAAGGCUCUUACCAAUUGGAUUACAAAUCGACAAUCUCUGGAUACAUAUCGGAGAACAAGAUCACGAAGCUUACCGGCGUGAAGGUGAAAGUUCUCUUCUUGUGGCUCAACAUCGUUGAGGUUAUUAGGAACGGAGACGAACUCGAGUUCUCCGUUGGGAUCACAUCGGCGAACUUCGAGAUCGAUGAGUUUUACGAGUCGCCACAGUGUGGUUGCGGAUUUGAUUGCAAAACGAAGACGAAGACUUUGGGAAGAAACCCUUUUGUUUCUUCGGUUUAAAGGUUAAGACUUCUUAUUGCAGAAUCUGAACUCUUUGGAUGAUUUAUGUUCUUUCUCCAAUCAUUUAAUUUUUCAAUCAAUGCUUUGUUUGUAUCUCUUCUUAGGAUCGAACCGAUAAGUUGUAUUUAUGAACCGAUCAGGAAUAAAACAGUGGUGGAAAAAGUUAAUUCUUAUGUCUAAGGAGAAGAUUGGCAUGAAUUUGAGUUUCGUAUUGGCUGAUCAAUGGUUUGUGUGUUGCAUUCGACGAAUGCUUAUGAAUGUCUGUAUGAAACGUUAGAUCUUUUGUCCAUGGUUUCGGAUGGAUCAGUAUGAGAUUCUUUAGAAGUUGAUUGAAGCCUAGUGAUGAUGAGACAAUCUCUUUGGACUCGACCAACAACUCUUAAAAGUUUUGGUUUUUACUUCAAAAGAAAAUGUUGGAUUCUUCAGAGAUCACUGGAUUCUUGAGCUUCGUGAUCUGUGUUUGUUUGUGAGUCAUAUGCUCGAGAUUCUCUGCCACUGACAUGGUAUUAUCUUCUUCAUCAAAGACUUUGCCAAAACUAAAGUAGGCAAUAUCCUCCAUUGAAGGUACUAGGUAUUAAGCUUAGACAUGAAUGUACUAAUGAACUAGAUUACAAUGUUUCGAAAAUAUUUGUGUAAGUUCAAAUUUUGGUGUUUGGAAAUAAUAUUUUGAAGAUGAAGUAAGGAAGAUAGUUUUUUACAUGUAUGUUUGAUGAUUCUCCCGAUUUUGAAAAUUGGAUAGUUUUUUACAUGUAUGUUUGAUGAUUCUCUCCCGAUUUUGAAAAUUGGCAUACAUGUAUUUCCUUUUCCUUAUAUUAAAUCAAGUGAUUGUGCUGAAGAAAAACAGAUAUUUAGCUUAAGAAGCGCCAUUUAGUUAAGAAUGUGAGGUACAAACUUUUCCUGUGUCUUUUUGUUGCAUA